AUGUGCUCUAUCACCCCCUCUAAUUUCGCCCCACUCCUCCCAGUCCACAAUCUCGUCUUCACCGAACUCCUCGCCUCUGCCCCAUCCUCUGUCAUCGCCCUCUGCUCUUCAGCCUACGAACGGGCUGCCCCCGCGCUGUAUACCGAUAUACACUCUUCACCAGGCGUCUUCAGAGGUCUACAGGAGGAGAAGGCAUAUGGUAGGACGAUCGAGGCUUUGAGGCAUACCAAGACUCUGAGCGUCGGUGGCUCUGAGAGUUUUGAAACGCUCUAUGAGCUCGCUGGUCCCGAGCCCAAGGGGCAUUGCUGCCCUAUGUGUACCCCAUUUCGGAUUGCUCCCUCCAACCCCAGCAAUAUGUCUUCACCCUACUCCCGCGUAUACAACAACCUCUUCCCGAACCUUGAGCGCCUCGAGCUCGGUUUUGGUUCGCUCAAGGCUUCGGCGUAUCACUACGAUUGCUUCGACUCUGUCCCAUCAGAAGAAGACCCACUUUUUGCAGGAGGUAGCCAGGACAGUAUUGUGCGCCAGGUUGCAAGGCUCAUGCCUUACAAUCUGAAGGAAAUUGUCUUUCAUCUGGAUGAGGACGAAGCGGAUUAUUGGUAUGAGGUCGACAGUCACCUCUGUAACCAACGGCCUCGAGAAGCUAUCAUCUUCCUCAAAGGGACAGUCAAAGGUCAAGAGCGGGACGACAAUCGUCCGCUGUGCCCCGAGUCGAAGGCGAAGAGGACGAGUUUUGGUCGGCUUGGGGAGCGGCUGGCGCUUGAAUGGGACAAUGGCGUACGUCUGCGCGUUUUUGUGGGGACGAGAGAACCUUGGGAGUCGCUCAAUGCCCGAGAGCUUCGGGGGUACAUCAUUUCGAUGGGGAUGGCACUGGUCCGAUAUGUCUUACUUGACAGCCAUCAGAGAGGCCGGUGGUAUUGGGAUGGAAGCGGUGUGCAGGUGGGCCACCCUGUGGGCUCAUAUGAACUGGACUGGUCGAGCGAUUCGGAUCCGGAUACUGAAUCAGACGACUCGGACGAUUCGGACGUUGCUGGUGAUUCAGAUGACUUCGAGGAACCAGCCCACUUAUCCCACUCAUCCCACUCAGAGGACUCGGAGGACUCGGAGAACUCGGAGAACUCGGAGGGCUCAGACGGCUCGGAUGAGUCAAGCGAUUCCGGUGAUUCCGACGAUUCCGAAAUUGAAAAGGGCCAAGUAGGACUCCACUUUGCUCAAGCUAUUCAGAGCCAAGAUGUCCAAGAACAUGGAGACGCCAAUGCUGGAGGAGCCAACGAUAGGGCGGGCAAUGAUCACGGUAGAGAGAAUGGUGCUGGCGAUGAACGGGAUGGCGCUGUGAAUGGCGUGGACGAGGAAGAACAGGUCUUUCAAAUCGAGAUCUUCCUUCCCCUUGUACACCAAGUGCUGGCGCAGAUGCCAGUCAAUCAUCGAAUACUGGUGGAAGCGAUGGUGGGAGAGGGAAGACUGGUGUUGCGGGAGUAUGAUGUGAAGGAGGUAGAGAAGCUGGGUGACUUGAGGUGGCGUUGGUAGAUGGGGAGUGAGUUGGAGGAUGUCUUGCGCCCUUUUGACUUUUCCUCCAUUUGUCAUCCCUUCCUCGGCAUCUAUUCCUCGUCUCUUCAUUCCGUUAUGCCCACGAUGCACUAUAUUCCCUUUCAACCUCUUCCGAUGGGCGUUAUGUCUGACGUUAACGACACUCACGACUAUAUACGUCAACACGCUCUAGAAGCACACAUUUGUUCAGUUUGCCGGCCAUAGAGCCAAGGGGAUGGAGAGAGAUUAGGCAAGAGGCGGUUUGAGAUAUAGUAGAUGGGAAUGGUUAAGGAAACUUAGGGAAGGGAUGGAGGGGAAGGGCAAGGAGGGAGCAUCAUAAUCCCUGGAUGAGGCCAGUAGGGUUUGAGACGCGCGCGCAGGACAUGCCAUAUCCUCUGCCUAUUGGUUUCAUGCAUG